AAAUAUCGGAGACAAUAAAGCUAAUAGCUAAGAAUCGAUUUACUUGAUCAAAAUAAAUAUAAAAUCAAAUAUAUUUGUUUAUCUUAUUUUAAAUUAUACAAUAUCCGAUUUAAUCAUUAAUCAUAUUGAAUUUUAUAGCUAUUAACGGAAUUGUUACAGUAAAUCGAUUCUUAGCUAAUCGCUUUAUUCACUCAAUGUCACAACCCUAAGAAAAAUUAAUUGACGCGUUUGACGUUUCACCAGAGCCGCCAUUUGUAAUUUCGUCCAAAAACCAUUUUGUAAUUUCGUUCAUAAAUUAAUUCAAUUUAUUUUAACUUGCUCAUUUAUAUUUAAUCUUCUUGUUGAAAGUACUUGGAAGCUACCUUGACAGUAUGCUUUUUGGAUGCUCUUUUGGAUCUAUCAAUUUCAACGAAUGGCGUCUGGAGGUGUAAAAAGCAUUACUGAAAGCCUAAUUUCUUGUUCUUUGCGCAGUUUAAUAACUUAAGCCAAUAAGUUUUAAUACUUGAACACAAUGCUGAUUAUAAUUAUUUUCCUACUUUCUUCUUACCCUUUUCAACCAGUACUGUGCGAUAGGGACAUCAUCCCAGUGUUUCUAAUAGACCAUAGCAGCGUCCUGGACGAUGUGAACAUAGAGCCAAACCCCUUCUCCAAAAUCAGCACUGCUUUCUUCGCUGAUAUUGUUCAUGGCGUGAUCAAGAAAAGCGAAGUUGUAAUAGUAUUUGUAGAAGACCAGUUGUCCGUCGAAGAUAUCAGUACUAAGGACGCUUUGGGGACUCCCUAUCGUAAUCUGCAAGUAGGGCUUAUCGAAAAGAAAGUAAAGUAUUUACCGAAGGUCAUAGAUCCGUACAAAUUGCUGAACCAAGUAUUCCAACCGCACCAAUUCAACGUGUUCCAUCUUAGCUCUGGGAUGAAUCUUAAAAUGCUGGAAGGGAAGUUCAAGCAUCUCUAUAUAUUUUUCCGUGAUGGCAAGAAUGAAACUAGAGCGGAGGUAUUAAGGAGACAUGAUCUGAUCAUGAGAGAAGUGUACACGGUUAUGAAGCAGUUGGUCAACGGGCCAGUGUUUGCUUUUUACACGGGGAAAAUGAACCCUGUGCAAAGAGAGAAGGUGGAAUUUGUGCCCAUCGCUCCUUUAGAGGAAACCAAGUUCCCUGGUGUGAUGGUUGUUACCGAUGGAGCUCUAUACCGAUUUGUAGGUGUAUUUGCUUCGACUUUCACGCGUCGCGCAGUCUUCAACCAGAUCCCGAUGGUGGCAGAGGAGACGUCAAACUCUGAAUCGCUGUCCACCAAGAUGGCGUACUCUGAUUUUGAUCUGCAGUUCAACUUUCUUCUAAGAGAAAAGGACUGGUUACUUGAUACCGUGGCGUUGCUCGAGGGCGGUGAGGAGGUGGGCCGCACCACCAUGUCGGUGGGCGCGCCCUGGCAUCACGCGUUCUACUGCGGCGAGCCCCUGGUCAUCAUCAACAACAGAGACGGCAGUUCCGUCACCAUAUCCGAAUACAAGAUACAGCCGAGGCGUCACCGACGCAUCGGGUGCCAGAUCGGUGGACGUAGGGAUGAUAUGAACGCCGCCGUUGGCGCCCGAUUCCUCCGCAGCGCAACUACCAAUAUCCAAGGUUCUGCAGAAUCCAUGAACCGUAGUAACGCAGACAAGGCCAGACGGCAAUCAGAGGAUGAUCCUCCAUCACUAGACGACACAGAUUACAACUUCCCACCACAAGAAACUCCGCCAGCAGACACAGAAAUCACAGAAUCAACACCAACGCCAGUGGCAAAGCCAGAAAAUCCAUCAGACGAGCAGGAAUGCGAGGAUUUCGGACACACAGUCAGCUGUGGUCCAUAUUUCAGCGUUGGAAUCCUAUCCUCGCUCUUCGUGAUCGGCAUAUCAUUGCUGAUUCUAAGCUUUGGUGUCGUCGCUCUGAUGAGUUGUAAAGCCAACGAUACGUAUGACGACCCUCAUGGGAAGAUCCUUGUGUUAGGUUUGGAACGGUAGGUCUUUAGUAGCGCGAAGUUACCGUCGUAUUGAUAAGCAAGUAAGACAUUUCUUCUGCUUAGUAAUGUAAUGACUUCAGCAACAUUUUUCAUUUCCUUUCCUACAUAAGAAAUUGACCAAGUGAGUACUGUCACGAAUUAGAAUUGAAGAAACGAAUGAAACAUGCCGACGAAGACGUCUUUCUCGCACGUUACUUAGGACUGCAUUCCCUGUUAGCAUGAACAUCACAAUUAACAUUAUAUCACGUUUUUAAUCGCGUCUAACUGUCAAACACAAUGGAGAUAAAAACGCGAUGUCCUUGGUUAGACAGAAUAUGUUGCGGCAAUAUAAUUUCUCUCGUAUGACGUUGUUACGUCAAAUUGGCGCGAGUUGUCACCAUAGAGGUAUAAUAGAGUAGGCGAGAUAAAGACUAGAUAUAGAUAUAGACAAGUGGAAGUGUUAGACCAGGGUCGAUAAUUUUAAAAAUGGUGAAAAGUGAAAAAAAAUAUAGUAGGAUGAAACCCAUUAGAAAAGGUAGAGAAUAUAAUAAAAAUGAAA